AAGUAGAAAUUAUACAUGAUGAACUUGUGACGUUUAGCUGAGGAAGUUCCUGAGAAAAUUGUUGAAGGCAUUCCUGAUUUCUCCUUGCAGCUUACAGUAAAAUGUGAGAAGAGAGAGACCAGCUGAAGAGGGAAGUGCUGAGGUGGCUGGGUCAGCUGACCCAAGGGCCCUUCGAGCGGAUGUAGGCUGCUCACCUCGGUCUCAGAGUCACCAUGGCCGUGGCCAGUCAGUCACAGGCGAUCCAGCAGCUGCUGCAGGCUGAGAAGCAGGCUACCAAGAAGGUGUCCUGGGCCCACAGGCAAAAGAACCAGAGGCUGAAGCAGCCCAAAGAAGCAGCUCAGGCUGAAAUUGAACAGCACUGCCUGCAGAAGGAGAAACAGUUCAAGGCCAAGGAAGCUGCAGCACUAGGAUCUCACAGACCCAGGAUGACCAUCCUCCAGACCUACUUCCAGCAGAGCAGGGAAGAAGUCUUAGAUCAACUUUUGGCCUUUGUCUGCGGCAUCCUGCCAGAAAUCCCUGAAAACUAUCACAUAAAUGGAUAA